ACACACGCCGGCUGCUGCAGAAGUGUAUCAAUUAAUGUGGAAUAAUUCGUCCAUUCAUACUUUGAUUUUACGCUCCAUCUAAUCUUAAACUGGAUUGGUUAUACACCCAAUUCGCAUUGCGAUGCACAGCAGGUGCCUUCCACAAGUUCUUCUCGCCUUGUCAUCGCUUAUUUUUUCAAAAGCGCAGGAUUUCAUGGGAUCAGGAAUCUCCUGUGUCAGAUCCAGUCGUGCAGAUGACGGACAGACGCGCGUUACGUUCCUGCGAGAAGAGACAGCCGGCGCGCGCUCUCUGUACCUCACCCUGUGGUCCGAGGAUAAACGACUGGUGACCUGUGAAGUCAAUCCUAGUCCAGUCGUCACGGAGAGAUACCUCGCUCUUUGUGAUGAAUGCAACACGCAAAGACAAGAAGUCAGUCAAAGGUUUAAUAUCAGCGCGUUGUUGGUUUCGGAUGCCCCGUGCGCUCCCCGCUUCUCCGACAAGAAGAAGUUUUUCAGGAGAGCAAGACAAGAUGGAAAAGAGGGGAAAACUCGGAGUAGGCGCAGCGUGAUAUUUCCAGGUACGCUGUGGUGCGGCACGGGAAGUAGAGCUCUUGGAUACGAACAGUUAGGGAUGUUUGAGGGUGCAGAUAGAUGCUGCCGUGAGCACGACCACUGUCAGCACAUCAUCCCAGCUUUCACUGUGAACUACGGCGUCUUCAACUCCAAAUUCUUCACUGUCUCACACUGUGACUGUGACCAAAGGUUCCGACAGUGCCUCCUCGGUGUGAAUGAUACCAUUUCCAGCAUGGUUGGCUACAGCUUCUUCAACAUCCUGCAGGUUCCCUGCUUUGAGCUCAAACCCCAUAAGCGAUGCACUGAGAUGUACUGGUGGGGGAUGUGCAAAGUAGCCAAUGUGGCUCCAUAUGCUUUCUUCAAAAGCACCGUCCCUUUCAACACCUCUGAUCUUACAAGCCAAUUUGGGGACAACACAGACAGCACUAAGAUAACAGGUACUGGAGGGUGGCAGGUAACGGAAAGACCUAUGGUCAGCACAAAGUCACCCAAAAGUGACCAUAGAUGUAGCUCCAGAGACCCACCCAGAGGAGACACUUUCCAUCGCAGAAGGAAGAAGGGGAAAGGAUGUAAAAGACACCAGAAAUUGUCUACAGUAGCUCCCUCGCAAAGGCCCUCAGUAACAACGGCUACUCCUUUGAUGAAAAUGGGUGUUUUAAAUGCCUCCAAUGGGAGCUCCUUGUUGUCAAAGAAAGAAAGAGUUGGAAAAAAGAAGAGCACAAGAAAGGUCAAGUCGUCCUUUACCACACAGAAGAGCCAAGUUUCUCUUAACGUGACCACAAUUCUUUACCCACAUACAACAUCUACAACACAAAGCACCCCAUCUUUCACACACAAGCAGAACAUGCAGUUACAAAUUCCAACAGCUUGGACCAAAACCGCUGAAAGUAAGAAAAAAGUUCAGAAACAGACUCACUGCUGUGGACUUGCUCUGAGAGGUGUUGCUUUUCAGCGUCAUUGCAAAAGAUGUCCAAAACUAAAAGCAUCGGACAGGAUGACUAUUACAUCCUCAACACCUACAAAUAGAUUACCUAUAAAAUCUCUUGAGAAACUGCAGCUUAAAAAGACAACUGAAAAAGACCUGAAACAAGACACCUUUAAAAAACUCCGGAGUAGAGCUACUUCUACAAAGCCAAAGCAAGCGGUCUCCUCUCAUGAGGAGGUUAAGACACAAGGGAUGAAGAGUUCCCAUCUGGUCUGGAAUAACACAAGACCGGAGUCCUUGGGUCGAACCAAAGCCCCAACUACAGCUGCAGAGAGAGGCCUGACAGAAAAUCACCUCCUGUGUGAGAGCCUCAAACAUCUAGAUGAAUGUCAAUACAAGAUCCCUCCUCUGGAGAAGAAGUAUGAGCUUCAGAACAUGGAGUCAAAGACGGCCUACCACUGUGAUUGCACUAGCCGAUGUUUUGACAAGCUGCAGCAGGCUCCAUGACGUGGCUUACUGCGACCACUAAAGGAUAGGUUAAAACAUUUUCCAAUCUGUAAUAAAACAAACAUUCUGGUGCCCUUACAGUCAGAGAAACUGGUUUGGCUUUUUCAAAAAGGAGAUGUUUGUCCAAAGUCACAAUUUUAAGUAGGCUACUAACAAAAGUAAGUGUACCAUAUUGAAUUGAAAAGAAAGCUAAGCACCUGUUGCAACACGGCCAAAAUAGUGGAUUUUAACAUCAGUCAAAUUCUGACAAAGCCGGUGAUGGCUUUUCAAUAGGAUUCAACAGGAUUUCAAUAUGAUUUUUUAAGUAGCACCAAUCAGAUAAAAAGGGAACAUUUGACAAAAAGUUUGUAACUACAAUUCACUUAGCAGAUGCUUUUAUCCAAAGCGACGUAUUGAUAAUGAAAGAAUUGGGUCUUCAGCUUUUUCUGAAAGGUGCAAAUGGACCCUGCAGAUCGAAUAGAGUUUGGUAGUUCAUUUCACCACUGGGGGGCGACAGAGGAGAAGAGUCUAGUUAGAGACUCAGGGCCCUGUUGUGAAGGUGAGGGCUGGCAGAGCGUAG